AUGACUCAGAUGUUUGCAAGCGGAUUCUUCAAGUUUAAAUUACUAUUACUAUCUGAUGUGUCAUACCAUGAAGUGUAUGCACAGGGUAUGAUCUUCCUUGCUACCUUUGAAGGCUUGACAACACCCCUCUCGUUCCUUGCCCAUGCCCUGGCUACUCACCUCGAUGUCCAGAAGAAGCUGUUUGACGAAAUACACUCAGAGGACCCGACGUGUGACAAAAUACAGAAGAUGGAAUAUCUUGAUCACGUCAUCAGGGAGAUUCUCCGCCUUUACCCUCCUUUCACAUUCAUUGGUAGAGAAACAGCAAACACAGUUACCAUCAAGGGUUACACUUUCCCCGAAGGGUCAACUGUUAUCGUACCAUUGUUGGAGAUACAGAGAGACCCAGACUACUUUGAUGAGCCAGAUACCUUCCAGCCCGAUCG